AACUCGAACAUAGAUAAAAAAUCGGUGAAUUUUGGUAAAGGCUUCAUGGCUGAGACGGGGACGGAGACGGAGACGGCGAAGGAGAUGGAGAGGGAGGCGAGGUAUCGGCUGAGUGUGCCGAGCAACGACUGCAAAACGGCUCCAGUUACGGCGACCACAACCACAGUCCCAACCACAGGCAUGAGGGGAAUGAGAGCCGGGUUGCCGCAGCGGGAGGAGGAGAGGCAGACGUUGCUCCUGGUGCACGAUAAUAAAUCACAGUCGGCGACAAAAUACGUGAAAAUGAGCCAAGGGAACGGCAUGGGUUACCUCAGCUCAGUUCAGGAGGAGAUUCCCACGCUGAGGCUGCGCCUUCCUGAGAUUGAGGCAACUAUCGGCAGGGACGCUCCAAAAUCACGCUCACGCUCAAAGUCACCCUGUCGAAAGUCACCCCGUCAGGCGGUGACGAGUCCGCGACGCAUUCCGGCCAAAACAGUUGCUUCCCAAGUUGUGUUGCCACCGGAAAUUGAGAUGGACAUCGAUAACAAUUAUGCCACAACGCUGGCAGAGAAGCCGCAACGCAGUGUCUUUCGCCGUUUGACCUUUGACGAGUGGCUCAUAUCGAAAGAGAGGCAGGAUGCGCAGCGUCGUCGUCAGGAUCGGCGCGAGUUGAGUCGUCUGACACACAUGCAACAGUUGCGUCAGGAGCUGUCCGAGAAAUGUUAUGCGGACUGGUUGCGCUCCAAGCGGCAACAACGUAGCUGCAACAACAUGUUGCCGGAACAACAGCAACAGGGCAACAAAGCACUGCCCACAUUGCUGGUGGAAUCGGAGCGCAAUCGCGCCGAGGAGACGAAAAGAACGGUGCAACAAUGGGAGCGGCGCAAGGUGCUCGAGUUGCAACGUCAGAAGGAGCAACAAUUGCGGGAGCAACACGAGCAACUGGUGCGCGAUCAUCUGCGGCAACAACUCUCACAGCUUGCGUGGCAUCGUUGGCUGGAGCAACAGGAGCAACACGAGCAGCAGCGGCAACAACUGAGGCAGCAACAGCAGCAGCAGCAGCAACAACAGCAACAGUUGCAACCACAGCGACAACAACGCUCACGUCGUCAUGGCGGUGGCAAGUUGCAACCUCAGUGUCAACUGGAAUCGCUUUAUUUGCACGUGCCACUUUCUGCGGCACAGCGUUCAUUACGUAAGCGUCUGGACAGUCUCGAUGGGUUGCACAUGAAACGGCGACGUCGCUAGUUAUAAACACUCUCUCUCUCUCGCUCUCUUUUUCAUAUAUCUGUCUGUAAUCCAAAGCUUUAUCCAGCUCCAAUUUUACCUCCGUCUCAACAAGUCCGCCGCCUAAAUCACAUUGUAUGGCAUUAAUAAAAUUCUAAAAUUCUCUUUAAACUU